CCUGAGACUACUCCAGCCUCCCCCGUCCCUGAUGUCACAAUUCAGAGGCUGCUGCCUGCCUGGGAAGUUGUAGAAAGCUCUACAGGUUUUCUCUGUGUGUCCUACAGGGCUCCCUGAGCCAGGUCCUUGACUGAUGGCAUUCCCGAAAAAAUACCUGCUCCCCAUUCUGGUUCUCUUCUUGGGCUACUACUAUUCUACAGUAGAAGAGUUCAGACCCGAAAUGCUCCAAGGAAAGAAAGUGAUUGUCACGGGGGCCAGCAAAGGGAUCGGAAGAGAAAUGGCCUAUCACCUAUCACAAAUGGGAGCCCAUGUGGUACUGACUGCGAGGUCAGAGGAAGGUCUCCAGAAGGUGGUGUCUCGCUGCCUUGAACUCGGAGCAGCCUCUGCCCACUAUGUGGCUGGUACCAUGGAAGACAUGGCGUUUGCAGAGCAGUUUGUCCACAAAGCAGGAAAGCUCAUGGGUGGAUUGGACAUGCUCAUUCUCAACCACAUCAGUUACUCCCCUCUGGGUUUCUUCCGUGAUGAUAUCAACACCGUGCGCAAAUCCAUGGAGGUCAACUUCUUCAGCUACGUGGUCAUGAGUGCUGCAGCCUUGCCCAUGCUGAAGCAGAGCAGCGGCAGCAUUGCUGUGGUCUCCUCCGUAGCUGGGAAAAUGGCCCAGCCUUUGAUUGCUCCCUACUCGGCAACCAAGUUUGCUCUGGAUGGGUUUUUUUCUACCAUCAGACAAGAACAUUCACUAGCCAAGGUGAACGUGUCCAUCACUCUCUGUGUCCUUGGCCUCAUAGACACAGAAACAGCCAUGAAGGCAACCUCUGGCGUGUUCACGGCCGAAGCCGCCCCCAAGGAGGAAUGUGCUCUGGAGAUCAUCAAGGGAACGGCUCUGCGGAAAGAUGAAAUAUACUACCACAAGUCGAGCUGGGUCUCUCUCCUGCUAAACAACCCAGGAAGGAGGAUCAUGGAAUAUUUGUCAUUAGGGCAUUAUAACUUGGAGAGAUUUUUUGAAAACUAGGAACUCCUGAAGCCUAGUGAGAGGCCUUGGAACAGUCCUGCCUGAUAUUGCUGGAGAUACAGAAAUCGUGGGGCACCCAUCACCAGGAGAAGUCCCUUUCACACUUGCACAGUAAAAAAAAAAAGAAAUCAUUAUAAUAAAUGUCACGAACCACUUUGGAGCCGGCAGUCGUGA